CUUGCUCUGAAAGUCGGCGUCCAACCCCAACUUUCUGGCCGACACGCUGCUUUGUGGUGCUUACUUGGAUACAUUCUCAGAUUCGUCAUUUGAACUUGUAAAUUUGGGGCUAAAUGGGUUCUAGUUCACAGGCCUUACGAGCUUCGAUGGUGUAUCGCCACCUUCUCAAAGCUGUCCAGAAACACAUCGGAAAGGAAGACCACAAGACCCAUUUCAUAGAUUUCAUCAAAUCAGAGUUCAAGAACAACGCUCAACAGUCAGACCCAAUAUUCAUUCACCAGAAAAUAAGGCUUGCCCGUGAUUAUGCUCUUUACAUGAACAGCGUUCACCAACACAAGGACUUGCUGUUUUCCUACAAUAUUGCAGUGGAUAGGUCAGAUGAAAUGAAGAAAGUACUAGGGAAAUCAGCUGCUAGUGUGGGUCUUCAGCUUCCGGAUGUCUAUCAGCCUUGACAGUUGGUAGGGGAAACAGGCAAGCAAACGAAAAAGAGAUUUUCCGCCAGAAAACAAGCUCCCGGGUGCUGAAUCUGUUCCCAACUUGAACAACUCUUUAUUGAUAAAAUGUUACUCGAGAGAACUUUGGAUGGAAUUCCAUUCCAAUAAUGAUGCUAUUUUUAGGUCUUGUGUGCAGCUGAAUUGAAUGGUAUUUCAAUUAUGCUCCGUUUGGUAUGAAGGAUGGAAAAUAGAAGGGAUAUACAUUCUUUCCUUCAAAGAAGGAAAGUAGAAAUGAUUUAUUUUCAUUUCUUUGUAUUUGGUAGGAUGGAUG